AUGGCUGGUCCUGUAGAUGCUAUUCUACAAAAGGCACCGCAUGUUGAAUGUAUCACGGUACCAGGAGUUGAGGAGUUUCUUCGUGGUGAUGCAGCAUUACCAGUUCUUUAUGGUAAGACAUGGGAUGAGGGGAAAGACGAUCCCUGGCUGGUGUUUCACACCUCGGGCACAACAGGAAACCCCAAGCCAAUCACCUAUACACAUCGAAUGAUGGCUGGUGCCGAUAUCGCGGCCUCUUUGCCGGACAUUGAAGAAACUCAUAUUCAUCAAUAUGCCCAGCGAAGGUGGUACACCCCCUUGCCCUCGCUCCAUUUCGUUGGCAUGUUGAUGAGUCUUGCCAUGACUGGGUUCGUGAAUAUGACAUCCGUUAUUGGGCCUCCAGCUCCUCCCACUCCCAAACUACUUAUCGACAUUUUCCGCUACGGCCGGAUAGACGGUGCACUUCUCAUGCCCGCUCUAAUUGACCAACUCUGCCUCCUUCCUGAAGGUAUUGAAGCGCUACGCGAGCUAAAAUACAUCCACUAUGCUGGAGCUCCCCUCUCAGCUAAAUCAGGAAAUUUACUUGCACCUUACACUCAAGUUGUCCCCUGUGUCGGCAGCACCGAAGCAGGCGGGUACUUUACAACUAUCCAUCAGAACAAGGAUGCAUGGGAUUACCUCUCUUUCCAGAAGCAUUCCGGGGCAGAAUUCCAACACCGCAUGAACGACCUGCAUGAGCUCGUAUUUGUACGUCGUCCCGAAUGCGCAAUGCAGCAGAUCUUCCAAGUCUAUCCAGAUCGAGAAUCCUUCGGAACAGAUGAUCUAUGGAUCGAACAUCCGGUGCACAAAGGGCUAUGGAAGAUUAUCGGCCGCAGCGAUGACUAUGUAUAUCUAGCCCAUGGUGACGGACUACAUGCUUCGCUUCUGGAACCAGAGAUCAUCGCUCAUCCUAGCGUGAAGUCGGCGAUAAUCGGAGGACAUGGGCAGAUCUCACCGGUUCUUCUGGUAGACUUGAACCCUGGGGUGGAGUUGAACAAUGAGGCUUUGAGGGAAAGUCUAAAGCCCUAUAUUGAGAAGGUCAAUGCACAUUGUCAUGACUGUGUGAAGCUCUCUUCGGAGCGGUUGAUCUUCGCCACGAAGGACAAGCCAUUCAUCUUGACGGUUAAAGGGAGUGUGGCGAGGUUGCAGACCUUGGCUCUCUAUGAGAGAGAGAUCGCAUCUUUGUUUGCUUAG